ACAGUGCAGCUGUUAUACUGGUAGCUAGCAACGCCUGAAUGUAAGAGCACAGGCAGAACAGAGGAGUGUCUGACCAAGAAAGUAAACCUGCAAGGCUUGUCCUACUUCAGGACUGUGGACUUAGGAGUGAAAUCCAUUGGAAAUACAUAAAGCAGAAAGAGGAGACGUAGAUCAAGAGGGCUCAUGGAGACUGCUCUGAUUUUCCUUUGUUCUGUCUUGGUGCCAGUACUAGGUGUCGGUGAAGAUAAUAAAGAAAAAGAUCCAUUUACCUACGAUUAUGAAAGCCUGAGGAUUGGAGGCCUGGUGUUUGCAGUGGUCCUAUUCACACUGGGGAUUCUGCUGAUUCUGAGUCGGAAGUGCAGAUGCAGCAACCUGAACCAGAAAAACAGGGCUCCAGGUGAUGAAGAAGCUCAGGCAGAAAACCUUAUAGCCUCAAAAGCUCGAGGAGCUCAGAAAACAGACAACUAACAAGACAAAUUGACCCCAGGGAUUACCAGAGAACAAACUACGCAAAAAAUUUAAGGAGCGCUUCACCUACUACUACCCAUCGUAAACCAAGCCUUCCCUCUCCGCCAUGUUGUGCGUCCGCACCACGUGUGAACCUCUUAGUUACGAUCUGUGUCUCAGUGCGAUCCGUGCUCUUCACUUGUAAUGUCUAGAGGCUUAGAAGGAAUGGAGAUGUCAGUAACUUUGCGGCCAGCGUUUAGUCUCGGUCACUGCGUUAGAUUAGGGAAUUUCACUGACCACAGAAAACGUAUCCCUUCUCAUUCUAGAUUGUCAUACACUUGACCUCUGAAAUCAUCAAUUUAGUAAGACGAGUGUUAAAACUGUCCAUUUCUAUAGGAGGUCCCGGUAGCCAGAACAAAAGUGUGCUUGUGCCUUUAAAUAUUCUUGUUAGUGAGUACCGUGGAGUGACACAUAUUACCAACACGUCCCAUAUAUGUUACGUGUAAAUGAUCAUGCAUAUCUGGUCUUGCUGUGUAUGCCUACAUCACUCACAAAGCGCCAGGAGUCCUAUGCAGAGUAUAGUGCUGCAGACUCUGUUCUUACAUUUAAACACACUGCUGUAAUACUCUGCACUGCUGUGCGCUGCAACCCACAUUAAAAUAGCCCUAGAUUUCCUAUGAAACUAGAAGACAUUUGAGCUUAUUGACAAAAUAGCCCCGGGAUUUGGGGGGGGGGGGGGGUGGACCAUAGCAAAA